UCGUGGGCGCCACCCGCUCGUGAAAAUGUGGGUUGCGCCCACAGACGCUCAUGGCACUAUAGAGACAAAAGCAACAGAUAGUCUGGUAGCACGUUAGUCUUUAAAGUGCUACCAGACUGUGUGUUGUUUGAAUUCAUCCUGUCCAGAUUAACUGGGCUACUCCCCUGAAGCUUAUACACAUAAUGUUAGUCUCUAAGGUGCUACAGGACCACUCUGGGGUUUGUUUGUUUUUUAAAUACACAGGGGAGUUAAGAAAAAAAAAUCCAGGGAAUCCCUUUUACCUCUGCUGGUUCUGCAGAGGUAUCGGGAAUAAAGAGUAGUAAAGAUAUUUUCUCAUUGACAAGCAACUAGAUGUAUGGGGCAGAGCUGCUGAGUAAGCUGGUGUCACUUUUAUAUGGGCACUUUGCAUAGCAGAACUGCCUAGCUCUACUAUAAUAAUGAGACGUGUUGUAUUAUAAGCAGAACUGGUAAGCAGAAAAAAUAGCUUGAAUAGUUCUCAUUUUAGUUCUAGGUGUUCAAAGAUGGCAGAAAGACCAGAGGACUUGAACCUGCCCAAUGCUGUCAUCACUCGGAUAAUUAAAGAAGCACUUCCUGAGGGAGUGAACAUUUCCAAAGAAGCUCGGAGUGCAAUAUCUCGAGCUGCAAGUGUGUUUGUGUUGUAUGCCACAUCAUGCGCAAAUAACUUUGCAGUGAAGGGGAAAAGGAAAACACUGAAUGCUGGAGAUGUCCUCUCAGCCAUGGAGGAAAUGGAGUUCCAGCGAUUUAUCGCGCCUUUGAAGGAAUCAUUGGAAGUUUACAGGCGUGAGCAAAAAGGCAAGAAAGAAGCAAGGAAAGACAAGAAGGCAGACUCUGAGGAACAAGACAAGAGCAGGGAGGAGGAGAAUGAUGAAGAUGAUGAACGGAUGGAAGAGGAGGAACAAAAUGAUGAUGAAGAGGUGGAUAACUGAGCUUCCUGCAGACACACAGUUUCCAGCAAAGUUCUGUGCUGCUCCUAUGGGAUCCAUCCCUCCUGGCUUUCAUUCCCAGGUGUAAGCAGGCAUCCUGAUGAGACUGAUGCAGCUUCUGUCGUGGAAAGGCCACCUCUUCGCCAUUGCAUGGGGCACUUGGUACUCGCUCCAGAUUCUGAAAAGCCAAGGAUAUUGACUGCUCUUUAACAUUGGAUUUGUUCUGUGAUGCAACAUAGAAUUUCAAAGAUUCCCACAGGGAAAGCGGUGCAGAAAAGUAUUGAAUACGUUUGUUUUUGCUUACUAGGGCGGAGUUUGAAUUUAAUAGGCUUUAGUUUGUUGCAUUUAGGUUGUACAUAAUAUGUUGAGACGUACCACAGUGGUUUAGAAUGCUGAGCACAUCAGGGUUUUGAGCUGGAUCCUUUCAUUCUGGUGGUGCCUUCUCUUUCCAAAGUCACUGAUAGUCCCACCCUAUUUGGUUUAGACCUUAGGCAAUAUAACUACACGGAUCAGCUCUCCACAGUCCUGACUCUUCUGCCCAGGAUCAGUAAAAUUCAAAGAACUGUACUGUGCUUCUGUAAUAUAAUUUAAUACCCAAAGUGCUUAUUUUUGUGUUAUAAAAAUACAAAGAGACUGACAGGGUUUUUAUAAAAAAUUCUUGAAAUAAAAUUAACGGCUAAGAAA